AUGAGCGCCGCAUGUUCAAUCUCGUUUUUCUUUCUCGUACUUUUGUCAUUUUCAAGCACAUUCAUCACAUGCGACAAAGACCAGCCGCUUCAGGAGCACGUGCAGGGUGCAUUGCACCCUCAACGGGUGAAACGGCCCGAACCGGGACAUGACGGGAUUCGCGGGCCCCUUAUAGUAGAGGAGCCACCGGAAAAGGAGCCCCCGAAGAAACCGGGCAAGAAACCGAAACCCUCGGGCAAGAAACCGAAACCCCCGGGCAAAACCCCGUGCUGGGGGCGUUUUUCCCCUUUUCCUUGCAUACCUAAACGGGAUAAAAAGAAGUCGCCUCCCCGUUUUGGUCCUGGCUGGCCGCCCGUUUGGCCACCACUCACACCUUUAAAUGCCCUAAGGGAGAAACAAAUAUUGUCUCGAAGGCGGCCGUUCGAAAAAAAUUAG